AUGAUCCUCGAUAUUCCAACUGAACAUCCAUUUGAAGAAGAUCUGGCUUGGAAAUAUUUUCGUGAUACAUUAAAAGGCUUAGAAUACUUGCAUUUUCAAAAAAUUGUACAUCGCGAUAUCAAACCAGCAAACCUAUUGUUGUCUGAAACCGGUCAAGUAAAGAUAGCUGAUUUUGGUGUGUCGUAUGAGUUUGAAGGGAUUGAUGCGUUUCUCACGGGCACUGCGGGUACCCCAGCCUUUAUGGCGCCAGAAGCCCUUACUGAGAAUGCAUCUUAUUUUUACAGUGGACGAGCCCAAGACAUAUGGUCCCUCGGCAUAACGCUUUAUGCGUUUGUCAUCGGAAAAGUUCCAUUUUGGGACAAUUAUAUUAUUGCGCUUCAUAAGAAGAUCAAAAAUGAUCCCUUGGUUUUUCCGGAAAAGCCACAGAUAAGCGAUAAAUUAAAGUCGUUGAUUAAAAGCAUCUUGAAAAAAGAUCCGGGACUACGCAUAAUGCUCCACGAAAUUAAGGUACAUCCGUGGGUGACCAAAGAUGGUCGUUAUCCAAUGCCUUCAGAAGCCGAGAACUGUCAUUUGGUUACAGUAAGCGAGGAGGAAAUUGAAAAUUGCGUCAGACGCAUUCCUCGCCUUGACACGCUUAUUCUAGUCAAAGCAAUGGGACACCGAAGAAGUUUUGGGAAUCCAUAUAAGAAGAUGUAA